UUAUAUAGGUGAAAAUGGGUUCAAUUCCCCUUUUAUUUACUUUCAAGCGCCUUCAACCCCAUCCUUCCGGAGCUAUUCACAGACAGAGAUGGCUAGGGAAAACAGCUGUUUGGCACGCAUCGCCGCAGGAGCGGCAGUCGGUGGUGCUGUUGGUGGCGCUGUAGGUGCUGUAUGGGGCACUGUUGAGGCUAUUAGAUAUAAGGUUCCUGGACUUUUGAAAAUCAGGCACAUUGGGCAGACAACAGUGGGCAGUGCAGCAAUCUUUGGUCUGUUUUUGGGGGCUGGAAGUUUGAUACACUGUGGGAAGUCUUACUAGGCCUUUAUAGAACUAAUCAAUAAGUAGUUAUGGAAGUGAACCAUGUGCACAGAUUGUGUGUAGUGUUCAAAAUCCACAUAUUUUAUUGUGAAAUUGACUUUGCCUUAUGAGAAUUUGCUUUUAGUGUGGAUGGUUUGAUGGCUGAAUUACGAGUUGUUGAAGCAAUAUUCUUUUUCAUUUUCUUCAAUUAAAGAGAAGAUUAACUUGACACUGUGCAAUAUGACCUAGUUUCCAUGAUCUAGUCUUUUGCCGUAUAUUAUUCCGUUUUAAGCGUUUUAUAUCCA